GCCAAUGUCAGUAGUAUGUUUGCAUGUUGGACAAUGCGGAAAUCAAGUUGGAACUGAACUUUUUAGAACGAUUUACAACGAUAGCUGUGAUGUUCAUGUGAUGCAAAAGUCGCAGACGAGAAGUGAUUUUGUGUUCGAAUCACUGGAAACCUUUUUUUACAAGCAUGAUGAAGAGGCUCGUUGCGUUCAGGUGGACAUGGAGGAAAAAGUAAUUCGACAAAUUAAUGUCGAAACUGAACGUAAUUGUACUUGGAGGUAUCCACCCAGCUCCUUCUGCGCAAAAAGGGGAUCAGGUAACAAUUGGGCACUGGGUUACCUUUUAAAUGGUCCAUCAUGUGUAGAUGCAGUCGGUGAUAAAUUAAUGACCGAAUUGGAAAAAUGUGAUAUGGUGGAUGGCCUUAUUGCGGCAAUGAGCCUUGCUGGUGGAACCGGCUCCGGUGUUGGCACUUACCUCCUUCGCCAUCUUGGUGACCUUUGUCCGAAAGUGCCGGUGUUAGCCCAGCUCGUUUGGCCAUACAGACGCGGCGAGGUCUCCAUUCAGGCCUAUAACGCUGUGCUCAGUGCGGGCCACCUGUUGGCAACCGGUCCGGGGGAGGGGCCUGACGGGAUUCUCUUUCACGAAAAUGACCUCCUCCAUCAGGCGUGCGCCAGGCGUCUAAUUGGUCGCGACACCGACAGUCAAAACGUCCCUGUCCCCAUCUCAGAACUGAAUCGCCUGAUGGCACAUCAAUUGGGUGGCAUGCUCCAGCCCUACUCAGAGACAUUACACGGAGGCCGGUUGCGUCGUCGCCGUUUGUCGCGUCUUUUAUUUGAUUUGGCUGGGCCAUCAGAUUUCCGUCUCUACCAAAUUCGGUGUCUGCCCUACCACCUGCGAAACGAGAUGAAACGCUUUGCCACGGAGACCUGGCCCCAACUCUUUCGCCACGGCAGACAGCUCCUGCUAACCGGCGCCUGUGUCGACGAUAGCAUGAAUUGGUCAGUUUCACUGAAUUCUUUACGUGGUUAUCAGCGACAGCCUCUGUUAGCCUAUUCUGCUGUGUUACGAGGCGACGGAGCCUCCGAACUGCUUUCUGACAAUCAGACAUGGUUGGACCUAACAUCAGGCCUUCUGCAAGACGCCUCUUCGAGGACCUGGCGUGACUGUCCCAAGAUGCCGUCAGCCGGCGCCUGCGGUCGCGCCUUCAAUGGUCACCCGCGAAGUUUAUUUCUCGCCACCAGUGGUGGAGGACUUGUCUCGGCAUCAGGACAGGAUGACGAGGCGAACGCUGCCUCGUCCGACGUCUGCGCUCCUCUACGCCUAGUGCGCUCUCGAGCCUGGCGCCUCUUCACCUCCAGCGCUUACCUCCACCAAUAUACCCAAUUUGGCCUUGAAGACCCACGACAAACGUUUCUGGAUGCCUUUGCUGCAAUAGAACAGACCAUUCACGUUUAUUCCCAACUUCGAACAUCGUAA